UCAAGCAGAUACGGUAAGUACGAUGUUUGCUUAAUAAUAGCUCACUUCUGAUCUUCUCUACUUAGGCCGUACCAUGGAAUCUUGUUGUUAGAGGACGUAUGGCCUAGUCCAGACGCUAAUCCAUCAGUAACCCUUCUUCUGAAGCAUUGUGAACCUGACCGCUCGAUACUGGACAUGUCCACGGCUUCUGGGAUACCACUCCUGCAGGUGUUCCUCAUUGUUCGUCACCUCCUCCUUUGGGCACGAGCAGUUGUGAUCUAUCCAUUGUGCAACACUAAUAUCUAUUCGUCUGCGACGUUACCAAAAUCUCCUAGAAGAUAUGUUACGCUGUUUACGCAGCAGUUUGGUUCUUCUUUUCAUUUGGCCGACGCGUUAGCGCAGUUUGAUCCGCCAAGCACCCUUGGAGAUUACCUGAAUUCCAAACAACCAUUAGCGGACCAACAGAAUAAGGCGAAGGUCAUAGUGUCUUUGCUGAGGCAUCAGUUGAUCAUGCAAAAGUCAAGGCGGAGUCGUGUAGGUUGACC